UUCCAUGAGUCAAUUAGACUGCAUUUUUUUUUCAAACAGUCUCCUUUGAAGCAGGUUUGUCCGUGCUAUGAAAUGAUUUGAUGUCUUAUUUAGUCUCUACAAAAAUAAAGUAUUGAACUACUUCAAGAAAACUGAAAACGCUACAUUAAAUUAUUUGUUUGCUUGUUUGAAACAGAGAACUCUGACUGAACCAUGGCAGCCAAAGGCGUGGGAAGGACCAGUGGCACAAUCCAUGACUUUCCAGAUUUUGAUGCCAACCAAGAUGCUGAGACACUUCACAAGGCGAUGAAAGGAUUUGGAACUGAUGAAGAUGCCAUAUUGGAUAUACUGGCAACACGAAGUAACAGCCAACGCCAGCAGAUCAUUCGUGCCUACAAAACUCUAGUUGGAAAGGACCUGACUGAGGAUCUGAAGUCAGAGCUGUCGGGGAAGUUUGAGUCGCUGAUUGUUGCUCUCCUCCUUUCUGCAGCUCAGUAUGAUGCCAAGGAAUUGCACGAUGCUUUGAAGGGUGCUGGAACAUCAGAGGAUGUUCUGAUUGAAAUCUUAGCAUCUCGCAAUAAUGCACAAAUACAGCAAAUUGUAGAAGCCUACAAAGAAGACUUUGAUUCAAAUUUAGAGGAGGAUAUCACCUCAGACACAUCAAGCUACUUUGAACGAGUUCUGGUUUCCCUAGUUCAGGGUAACAGAGACGAAGGGGGAGCUGAUCCAUCUCAAGCAGAAGAUGAUGCAAAGGCUCUUUAUGAAGCUGGUGAAAAUGCCUGGGGCACAGAUGAAGAAAGGUUCAUUGCUAUUCUCUGUUCAAAGAGCAUCACUCAUUUGUUGGCAGUAUUUGACGAAUACCAGAAGAUCAAUGACAUUGACAUUGAAGAUAGCAUUGGGAGUGAAUGUUCUGGAAGUCUGCAGACUGCUUUGUUGGCCAUCGUCAAAUGCGUGAAGAGCACACCAGCUUAUUUUGCAGAGAAGCUUUAUAAUGCAAUCAAGGGUGCUGGAACAGAUGACAACACCCUGAUUAGAGUUAUGGUGUCUCGAUCUGAAGUUGACAUGGUGGAGAUCAAAGCUAUUUAUAAAUCCAAGUAUGAUGAGCCUCUGGAUUCUGCAAUUGUGGGAGAUACAGGUGGAAACUAUAAAGACACUCUAGUGAAGCUUUGUGCUGGCAAUGAUUGAUUUGGCUUUUCUCUCUGACCUGGAAAUGGACCACAAGAAGCAGACAUUUUGAAUAUUGUAUUAAUGCCUUUCUACAUGGCUUAAAAUUACCCAGCUGACAAUCUUGCUCUACAGUAUAUAGCUACAAUAUUUAGAUAUUUACUAUAAGUGGAUAAUGACCUCACUGAGGAUACAAUUGCAUACAUUUAUGGUUAGGUUCAAGAUUUUUAAGGCCAUAAAACUGUUCAUUUUGAGUAAUAUCUCCAUUCACAUGAUACUCAUUUGUAAUUCAAAUCACCUAAAUUAACACCAACUUCAUGUUUUGAAAAAGAUAGACGUACUUUGCAAUGAUGCAUGUGAAGAAAUUAAAAAUUGUUGUGAAAUGUAUCUCAAAUCUCAGACGUUUGAUUCAAGAACAUUAAUCUGGAUUCAGCCAUGAUGUAACCUACUCAUUCUAUAAUUAACCUUUCUACACAUUCCCUCAUCUGUGUUAAUCCUAUAUAGCCUAUAUGAUAUAUAUAUAUAUAUAUAUAAGCCUAAUAAUAAAUAUGGGCUUAUGUUGGGUCCUCCCAAAUACUAAGCCCAUGUGCUUUGUGAUCAAAGUGCAAAACAUUUAGCAGAUAGAGGUUAUAACCCCCCUUCCCUUCCCUUCAUACCCGAGCCUUGGGCUUCCAUGCAAUUUUUCUAGCCUUCUACUUAGACUCCACAUAGUACUGGGAAUGUUAUUUCUUUAUCUUCCUCCAAACUAUAUAUGAAAUAGGAUUUUAAAAAAUGAUUCCAGUAUGGAUUUGUCCCUCCCCAAUACAUGAAGCAACUUUAUGGCUAACUUGUGUGGAAUGCCAAGGAACCUCCCAAUUGUGAACUGCCCAUGGCAUUCUGCAACUGGAAGGUGGCAGUUUGACUUUGUCAGGAUUGGUGGACAUAUCAUUGUUUUGUUUUUUUUCCAUGUGGCCCAGUUUUACUUUACCUGAAUCAAUGAGCAUUAUCACACUCAAUCCACCUGGUCUCAUGGGUCGCCUGACCAGCAAAUUGGUUUCAUUCCUUCUCUUGUACAUGUUCUAGAGAAACAAUAUAAAUAACAAUAUCCAUUCUGAAAUAUUUAUUGUGCCAGAGUCUUGUCCCACUCCAUGUCAAUUGAGCCCUUCUAGCAAAGCUAGACACUUUGCAGAAUGCUGUGAUGGACUAAUAUUUGGAAGCCAUGGUAGUGAGGUUGACUACAAUGGGAGAUGCAAACUGUGGAAGUAAAAUAUUAACAGGAAAGUUUUUUGUGUAUUAUCAUGCUCAAGCACUUGUAUAACUUGAGCCAGUUUUGGGUAUUAGACAUUUGUCUAAACCACUUAUUUCAUUCUGCCAGUUUGUUCUAUAUCCAUAUGACUUGUUCAUAUUUAUUGCAUCAUGUUAAGUUGGUUAUUCUUUAGGCCUAUAAAAUAUGUACUAACUCAUCCCUUGUAAUGGUACUCCCAGAGAGAAAAUAAAAUAUUCACCUGGAUUUA